AUGAAUAGUAAUAAUAAUAACAAUAAUAUUAAUAAUAAAAUAAUUGACUAAGAGUCAUAAGGUUUUGAAAAUCAAACCAGCCAAAAUAAAUAUUCAGAUUUUUCUAAACAAAGCGCUGCUUUUUCGCAAACCUAUGAAAGAUAACAUCCAUAUUAAAUUGGGAUAUGUGAUGAUAAAAUUCAAAAUAAUUUCUUCUAAGAUAUGUCUUCAAAAUAAUUUAACAUAUGUCAAGAUGCAAAAUAAGAAAUGAUUGAAAUAGUAACUAUUCAUAAAUAAUAAGACAAAAACUAACCAGAAAUAUAAAUUAAUGCAAAUUAAGAUAAAAGUACAUAAGAAAAUUAAUAAUAAUAUAAAAACAAUAAUAAUAAUGAUUAAGGUGGUAAUGAAGGAGACAGUUGUGAUUCUUGUGGAAGCUGUCGUAGCUGUGGUAGUUGUGGUAGCUUUGGUGAUUGA